UUUUAGGCGACUAGGAUGCAAUUCACGUGACAAUGGUGACCGUAGCUGAGGUGCUGAGUUUGCUGUUGGUGUCGCUGCUGUGGGGCUGCACAAACCCUUUCCUGAAAAAAGCUUCAGAGGGGAUAGAAAAUGUGACAGAAACCAACCGAGUCUUUCAGCUGCUUGCUGAAAUCAAGUUUCUUCUUCUAAACAUAAAGUAUUUGGUCCCAUUUCUAAUAAACCAGAGUGGAUCUCUGGUUUAUUUUUAUACACUAUCAACAACUGAUUUGUCUCUUGCUGUUCCUGUGGCGAACUCUCUCACCUUCCUUUGCACUCUGCUGACGGGAAAGCUGCUGGGGGAAGAGUUUGGAGGCAAACGGGCCGUUGUGGGAAUGUUCCUCACUAUGACAGGCGUCACUCUGUGCGUUAUAAGCUCCAUCGAAGCCAAAGAUACUGACAGACAGAACGAGAGCCACCCUCAGCUCUGAUGGAGAUCAAGAUUAAAUCAUUUGUUGAAGAAAAGAAAAGCAAAGCUGCAUCUUUAGGAGGACUGGAGGCAGAAAACGUCUCAGAAGAACAAUCUCUUCCAGAUGGAGGCAGGUUCACUCCAGAACUGGACUGGAUUUAUGGAGCUCACAUUUUCUGAUUUUACUUGGGAGAUGACAAAACUGUUUGAAAUUGACCUUUUAUAUGUCAAUACCUGCUUUAACUAAAUUAUUUCCUCUUUUCCAAAGUCGGUUGAAGAAACACUAAUAAAACCAGCUGAUGAUGCUCUAAAUGUC